AGCGCACCACAGCUGCCCCCCCUCGGUACUCAACACCAUCAUUUUCAGCACGAUCAUAGUGCCGCUGUUGGUUCGUCUAGUGAUGCGUCGAGCAGAAACGCCUCGGCGGAGCACAUUCACAUUCAGCUUGUUGUAACAGAGGAGCAGACAAAGGAGGUGUUGAAGUCACUGCAUGAGGGGCAAAUGAUCGCCAAGGAGGGCCACAUGCAAAUGGAAAGGGCUCGGAUGCAGCCGCAUGUUCCUCGGCAUAACCGGUACGUGGAGGAUGUCGACCUGGGGCGUUUACCCGAAAUGAUAACUGAUGCCUUCAAGAAGUGGCAUAGUACAGGGCGCAACGCGGAGGCGCGCACCAAGAUCAUGAAGGAUCAGCCAUGGUUCCUCGGACCUGGUCGUCAAGUGCGUCAAUUGUUAAGGUUAGUAUUUCAUGCCCCCACCACCUGAGGCGUCUAUCCCGAGUGCUAACCCCUUCCUAAAAAUAGUAAGGGGAUGUUGUUGUUAAGCAUAAGAGACAAAAUUAUAAGCCACUCACUAAAGGACGGAGAAAAAAAACUACCUCUAAAAAAAGUGCCAGAGGAGAGUAGCGUUGGAGAAUGGGUAUUACAGAAGCUGCCAGCAAGAAGUCGUCGGUCAGAGUGGUGGGAAAAGUAUGGACUUCCAGGAUGGGACAAAAAGUUGUCCUAAAGAGUAAGACUAGACGAACUACACGACACCAAGCUGCACUCCGUGUUUGUCAUUGUUCUUUUGUUCUUAAGAUUUUUUUUUCGUAGAGAGUCUAGCAAUUGUUUGAAUAUGAAGUAUUCAAAU